AUGUGGCAGUGCCACCGAUCGUCUUGGUCUCUAGACAAGCCUUUCUUCCGAGCAGCAUCGUGCGUGGAUGGAACCAUCCCGCUGGAAAGAAUGGGAGAGGAACAGGAACAGAAAAGCAGGUAUGGGCAACUCCCUGGUACAUCCUCACCAUUUCCGUCUUGCCGCUGCCGUUUUGACCUCUCACGGGCGCUUCCGGUCAGAGGGGUGGGGCGUCUGCUUAUUGCGAUUCUCAUGGACGGCUCACUCGAUGCGCGCAUCCCCGGGUCGAUGCACCCGGAAGAUGUCCUUGUUCACAUUGUUGGUCUCAUCUGUUUCGCUAUUGGAACCCUGCUACGUCGGUCUCUUCUCAGACGGCGCUCCAUCCCUGAAUCAUCCCGGAUGGCAGCCAUAAUACAUAACGAAUGGGAUGCAGCCUACCGGAGCCGGCGGGCCUCCGCCAAGAUGCCAAGAGCGCAACCUGCUGGGCGGUAA